GCAGAGGAAAACGCUCCGCGGGCUAACCGCCAAGCUGCCACUAAUCGCAAUCACGACCGGCUCCGACGAAGGAAGGAGCCGUGCAUUAGAGCUCCGCGAUUAGGGUAACCCGGUGCCGGGCGUCGCGCUGUUGCGUGCUCGCAGAGCGGGUACCGGCCCGGCCCGGCCCGUGGCGACGAGGGCGGAGGAGGGUCGAGGCAGGCAGGCGGGCGGGCGGGCGGGUCCGAGGGAGCAGCUGCCGCUGAAGGCGAGGCGAGGCCGCGAGACCUGACCAGAGGAGACCAGCCACAGCGCACCUCCCUUCCUUCUUCCUUCUUUGAACAACAAGAGUGCCGGAGCGCAGCCGUGAGUCGAUUUCUUUUACAUAUUGCGCGCUUUACUACGCUGCCGCGGCGUUGAGCAAUCCUUCCAUUGUUCAGUCAGGUUCUCAAGAAGGAACGUGGAAGUGGAGUGACAAUGAGCUACGCAGAGGACGAGGGUUCAGGCAGGCCCAAGCUUAGCCUGCAGCCAAGAGGAUCUGGAGCCGAUCAAGCACCCUCUACACCUUCCAAAACCAGCAAGCCCAACCCUUUUGGUGCGGCACGACCUCGAGAACAAGUAAUUGCUGAAAGAGAAGGCAAGAAGGAGACUGAAGUUCUGAGAGAGCAAGCACAAAAGGAAUGGAAGCCAAGUAUCGUCUUAUCAGAGUCUCAACGAGAAGAGAAAAAAGCGGUUGAAGCAGAGCUUGCGUUUGCAAAAAGUGAACUCAAGAAGGAAGUCGAUCCUGUCAAAUCUAAACUUAUGAAAGAGGAAGUUGCGAAUAUGGAGAAAAAGCUUGAGGAGCUUUUGGCAUCUUUUGAGAAAAUGGCAGUCCAAACCGCUCAGACCGGUGGUCUAAGACGCCCAUACGAAAAGAGGAGAGACGAUGAGCGAUUACCUGCAGCUGCCUUGCCUGUCGGGGGCGGUUAUGGCGGGGUUGAAAGUCACGAUAGUUAUAACAACUUUGGUAGGAGCAAAGAUCGUGACUCUGACAGGGUAGGAUCUUAUGGUGAUACCUGGAGUGCCAAAGGAGGCGGUGGUGCCGGAGGUGGCAAGGGUGCUGGCUCACAGUGUUUCAGUUGUGGAGAGAUGGGACACUUUUCGCGGGAAUGCCCAAGUGGAGGAGUCGGUGGUGGUAGAGGAGGGUAUGGAGGUAACUUUGGAGGCGGAGGUGGCAGGAGUGGAUCGCGCGCUUGUUAUACCUGUGGCCAAGAGGGUCACAUCUCUCGGGAAUGUCCGCAGGCCGGAAGUGGAGGAUAUGGAGCCCGUGGGGGUGGCGGUUAUGGUUCUGCCGGGGGUAGCUAUGGCGCGUCAUACGGUGGAGGUUAUGGUAGCAGUGCCCCAGAUUAUGACACUGGAGCAUCUUAUGGCCCAGCUAGUCAAGGGGGAGGUGCUUACGCCGCCGGAGGUACUUAUGACGACCGUGUGUCAUAUGGGGGUACGGGUGCUCGUGGAAGUGCAGGUGGUUACUCAAGAUGGGAAGGUCAUUAACUGCGAGAAGGUUGCUGCGGUAUAAUUUCUCGGUCAGACACAUUUCUGAACACCAGCGAACGAUGUACAGUCACUGUGAAUGUCUGUUGAUGAGAGUCGUACUUAUUGGAUAGAUACAUUUCCCAACUUGGCAGUACCCACUUUGUGGGUGUUAAAAAUGCUCUUCUUUUAGUGUCAUUGUCUGAAGAGCCCUAGGUCUAAGGAUGGUUAUAUGCAUCUCUGCGCAGUCUCGUUUAAUGUCUCGCAGAAUUGCCUGCAGUUUAGUCGCUUGUAUUUUUUGUCUUUUCUUGGAAAGGACAGUGACUCUUAAACUAAUUUUGAAAGAGCAGGUUUUUAGGACGCUUUGCAAUCGUCUUUUUUUCUCGAAUUUGGAGUAUGGUUCAGCUCAAAUGCCCGGUUUAAUGUUUGGUCAACCUUGCGUUUCAAAGCCCAGGUUGGUUGAACAUUGCACGGGAUCUGUGAGUCCACUGUGAGUUUUCCACGCCACUUGUCUGAAGGAGGACGGUGACGUCAAGUAGUUCACAAUCUAGUUUGUCUUCAGCCGAUACUGAACAAUUCGUAGCAGGUUCGGUCUACCAGCAUAGAGGACAGAAAUCAGAGACUCCUGCCUUGAACAUUUUGCUGGUCGUUCUCCGAGAUAAGCACAGAUCGUCGAUACAUGUAGCCUGUGUAAAGGACCGGCAUCUUCAGCUUAAUUCGAAUAAACU